CGAACAAAAAUCAGUCAUCAUCAGACCAUCAAUCGAAACGGAUUGCCUGCGCGAAACAUGCGGUAGCUAACGACGGAAACAGCGCAGCUUACGGUGACAGCGCAGCGACGCAGAACGCAAAGAAAACGGCUUUUGUCCGCUACUUCAGCGAAUGUUUUUUGUUUUUUUAAGUUACAACGCAGAAAAUAUUAUUAAACCAACCAACAAACGGCGGCGGCGACACCAACGUUCAUCGUCGACUACCAAACACACAACUGAGUUUUUGAUUUUCUCCAUUUAACACCACCAAGGAAGGGUACGGCGUUUUUGUGCCACCGUACUUGCUAUACCUUUCCUCCAUAUGCCCCCGAUCAGAAAGAUAUAAUAUUAUCCACAAUAUACAUAUGUGAUGAAAAUAGCAACACAAGAAAAAAUUCAAACCCACCAUCAACCAAAAAGCUUAAUGAAUUGCAAUAGUUUCUACUGGAAAAGCCAAGACAAUCCCAGGAUUGGAAAGGAGCACCACUACCAAAAAAAUCAAAGGAAAAUUUUAUACACAUUACAUACUAUUUUUCUUAAGCACCAUUUGCACCAACAACGAAAACAACAACAACUAUACCACUAAUACUGCUGCACUCAACCCAACAAAUUAAAAAUAGAAUUCCUUUGCAGAGCAGUGGCAGAGCAAUACUUACAAGAGGAAACGCCAUCAACGAGCAGAGAGAGCUAACUGAGCAGAGCAGAGCAACGCAGCCCCAACCAGACCACGGUAGCUGCAACGUUUCUUUUGAUGAUAUUCUCAAACUCCUAAAACUAAAAUUCAAAAAAUUCCUUGGAAUUUGGCGAAUACAAAAUUUCAUUCUUCCACUUUCUACCACUAAAUCUUCGAAGCUUUCUUCAGCGGUAGAAAGAAAAAUCUUUUGUGAAUUUAAAAUUUUUGAUGCGCAAUUUUAAGGCCGCCUGCAGAGUUUCGAGGCAGCGCAGUGCAUAUGUAUUAUCUGCUGGCAUUGUGUGAGAAGGCAGCAGUAGCGCAAACUUUUGUUUAAACAAAAUAACAAAAUCUCAAAUAAACAUCCAAAAAAUUAAAAUAUCCCAUAAUUUCCUAAACUAAUAUUGAAAAAUUCCAAAACAAAAAUUAAAAUUCCUUCAACAAAUAUUUUUUUUUGAAAAAAAAUACUUUUUUAUACCAAAAAAAACUACUGGCCAACAUUUUUCUGUUUCUCGUGGACCACCAUUUUGAAAGAGAGCCAAAUUAAUCUGUCACUUUUGUGUGUGAAGAUAAAAUAACAACAGCUGCAGUUGAAAAGAAGAAGCAUUUCAGUGCAUUCAACAUUAUUGAGAGAGAGAGAGAAAGAGCGCGCAAAAGAGAAGAAAGCAGUUGCAGUCAGUGUUUGUGGUUAUUUUUUGUGUGAGAGGUGCAAAGGGAAAGCGGCAAGCAGUCAAGGAAAAAAGUGCAUUGACGUUUCUGUUAACGUUGCUAGUAUUUCCAACAAGUAGAAGGUGACUGCAAAAUAAGGUUGCUUUUACUCAACUGGUUUCAUUGGCCCACUCCCCCUAAGCCUAGAAGAGGAGACGAGGAAGCAAGCAAAAGAAAGGAGCCAAACUAAAAUACCGCACCACAAAAGCGCAACACUUAAAAUAAGAAGUCGUCUCGUUUUAUUUUCUUUUCAUACAAAAAAGUUGGAAAGUUGGUUUAUUUUCGAAAGUAUUUCCUUCAAAACCCACUCCGCGCAACGCUCUCAUCCCUCGAGAGUCUGCAAGUUCCAGCAUCACCAUAUUUGAUAGUAUUUGCAAAGUUAUUCCUUCACCCUUUCGCCUCCCUAUCCCUCCCAUCCAACCAAAACUCAAGCCAUCGUGAUCAGCGCAAACAUGGUUGAACGCAUUUUGGAAGAAACUACCUCUGAGGAUACGGAUAUAGUUGCCAAUAAUAAUCAUGGAAGAAGAAUCGUUGAAUCAUCUGCUGCCCUCACAUAUGCAGGUGUUGUUAUUAAUUCUAAUAGGAAUGGCGGUAUCAUCGAUUCGGUUCGCUCGACCACCGCACCCUCGCCUGUGAUAAUGAAUGCUAACGACAGCAACAUCAACAACAACACCGACAGCUGCAAUCCACUAAACCAACCAUCAGGUGAUCUAAAUGAACCUAGUCGCUAUAGCUGCGGUGAUGAUGUGUCGGGCAAUGAGUCCAGUGAUGCCCCGAAACUAACCGAAACCGAGCGUCAGGAGAAAUUCAAUCGCCAUAAGGAGGAAAUGCAAAAGAAGAAACGACGAAAGAAGAGAACGUCAUCAUGGCACUCGUCUACAUUUCAAGAGUUAUACAAGCUGACCGGUGAAAUUUUGGGCGAAGGCGCCUAUGCCUCGGUGCAGACUUGCGUCAGCAUCUACACCGACUUGGAGUAUGCCGUCAAGGUCAUUGACAAAAUUCCCGGUCAUGCACGUUCUCGUGUCUUUCGUGAGGUCGAGACCUUCCGCCAUUGCGAAGGUCAUCCCGGCAUUUUGCAAUUGUUGGAAUUCUUCGAAGAUGAUGAUAAGUUCUAUUUGGUUUUUGAGAAGAUCAACGGUGGCGCACUUUUAAGUCGCAUUCAAGAGCACAUUUGUUUUUCGGAACAUGAGGCUGCCCUCAUAAUCAAGGAAAUUGCCUUGAGUUUAGAUUUCAUACAUAAAAAGGGCAUAGCUCAUCGUGAUCUCAAGCCGGAGAAUAUAUUGUGUGUCCAUCCGGACAAAUUGUGCCCCAUAAAAAUUUGUGAUUUUGAUUUGGGUUCGGGUAUAACAUUUACCGCGGAUAUUUCGUCGCCGGUGGCAACGCCACAACUUUUAACACCGGUUGGUAGUGCCGAAUUUAUGGCCCCAGAAGUUGUUAAUCUUUUUGUUGGCGAAUCCAAUUAUUAUGAUAAACGCUGUGAUUUGUGGUCUUUGGGCGUGAUUGCCUACAUUUUGUUGUGUGGUUAUCCACCAUUUUCGGGUAACUGUCAACAAGACUGUGGUUGGAAUCGUGGUGAAAAUUGUCGCCGUUGUCAAGAGCUACUAUUUGAGUCUAUACAAGAUGGACGUUUUUAUUUCCCUGAUCCUGAGUGGACUGAUGUUAGCGAGGAGGCCAAAGAUUUGAUUAGUGGCCUUUUGGUUAAGGAUGCUCCCAAACGUUUGAGUGCUGAGGCAGUAUUGAAUCAUCCAUGGAUUAAAUUUUCCGAAAUGGAUGCAAACGAUAGUAAGAAGAUGGCAAAUCGUCGUAGAGCUUUAUUAACCGCUGGAAAUAUAAGACGCAAUAAAUCGGCACGUGAAAUCUCACGUUUUGCCGAAUCCGCUAUGGCUGUGAAGCGUGUUAUACUACAACAUUUCUCCAUGCGCUACGAUUAUAUGAUGGAACGUCCUAAUAUCUAUCAAUCUUCCCAAAUCGGUGAUAAAUCCCUGGAGCAUGUGGAAUUGCAGCCCUUCAAGGCUCAUCGUUCCAAGAGCCGUUCACGUCCCUCGCCCCUGAAUAUACAACAAUCCAUUAAUAACUAUGCCAAUCAUGGCAGUGAUGGAGCCAAUUGCAUUCCCAUAGUGCCCUGUAAUAAAUCUUCCAGAAUUUACAAUACUCCAUCGAUGAAUUUUUCACCACUGAAUACCCACAAUGAGGAAGACGAUGAUGGGGUUAUGGAAAAUCUAGAACAGAAGCACUUUGUUGAAGUCAAAUGGGAAGAGAAGGAGGAGGAGAAAAUUAAGAAGAAGAAGGAAGAGGACAACAACCAAAUACUUUCUAGUUAUUGGUAUGAAAAUGAUGAUGAUGGUGAUCAGGAUGAGAAGGAUCAUGGUGACAAUGGUGAUAUUAAAGAGAAUUCCCACAAUCAGCCACAAACAAAAAGCCAUGGUGGUUCAACUGAGGCUGAGAUAUAUUUAGAAAUAGAAAAGGGUAGUGGCCAACAGCCAGUGGUGUUGUAUGAGGAUGAGGAUGAUGAUAUUUUCCAAAAGGAUUCUUGGAUACAUGAUUUCGAUUAUUCAAGUGAUCCAAUGGUUAACAAAGACAUCGAUAGCUAUGGCCAAUAUGCUCAUAAUAAUGGUAAUGUUGUUAACAACAACAACAACAACAAUAAUAAUAAUAAUAAGGAUGAUGAUUAUGAUGAUGCAUAUCAUAGUGCCGCCAAUGACUGUAACAUUGAUUUGUUAAAGGAUGCCCCAGAGCAUCCUCUUGCAGAAGAUGUUGGUGUUGGCAGUGAGUUGAUGUUUAUUAGUUAUGCUAAUAAGCAACAGCGUAUUAAAAAGAGAAAGAAGAAGCAUAUGCAUAUGCAUAAACAACAACAAAAACAGCAGCAGCAGGCAGUUAAUACCGAGAUAUUGGAAAGUAUCAGUGAUUUAAAGGCAAUGCUACCUGAAGUAAUUGAUGAGACUGGCAAUAAAAUUGAUAAAAUCAAUUGCAAUGAUGAUGUUAAGGAUAACAAAGAGAAGGAUAAUCAAGUUAUCCAUGGAAUAGUAGUUGAUGACGCUAAAGACGACGACGACGACGACGAUUAUGAAGACGAAGAAAAUGAAAUUGUAAUGGAAAAUAAUAUUAAAAAUAAGCAACAACAACGUAAAAGGAAGAAGAAGAAAGCCUUGAAGAAAAAUAUGAAGAAGAAUGUGGCUGCUGAUCUUCGUCUAGCAGCAACUGGAGGAGAUGUGGUUAAAGGAAUCGAUGCCGUACCAACAGUAACUGUACCUAUGUUAAACAAAAAACCCACUUCAAGCCCACCACUUACAAAGAAGAAGCACGUCAAUGAUGUUUAUGAUGAUGACAAUGAUGCUAAUGGCAAUGGAUUAGAAGUUAUGCAAAAGAAAACCACAUCUCCCACCACUUCGAUACUGAAGACAUCUUCCAAUAAUAGAAACCAACAACCUUCUAGGGAGAAGCGACAAGAUUCCCCAGUGUUUAUUCCACAACGCUGUGUUUACUUUAACGAAAAUGAUGAUGCCUAUCACAACUAUGAUGCCGAAUUGGAGGAUGCCGAUGAGGAAGAGGAUGAUGAUGAUGAUGAUGACAUGGAUAGCAAUGAAGAUGAUAUGCUGGUUGGUGGUGUUAAAGAGCUGAAACUAAAUGUCAUUAAACGUCCAGUAGUGAAUGCUAGUGGCUCUGCUGAUGAUGAAGAGGGCAUUUUCAAAAAGCCCAUACAAUUCCAGGCCUAUUCCAGGCAGCAACGCCAAAAAACCCAUAAGCAACAACAAAAUCAAGCUCAACAGCAAAAGCAACAGCAGCAAGGACAUAACAACAAACGUUACAUCACCAAUAAAACGCAACAAGUGGCAACUAAGCCUUUGGAAAAUUGGAGGGAACGUAACAAUAACCAACAACAGCAGCAGCAGCAACACCAGACUAAUGCCUUAAAGAAUUUUAAAAAUCUAGACAAUCAUGCAUAUCGUAACAACAACAACAAUAACAACAAUGGCAAUAAAUAUCGCUCCAACACUGGUGCAGCAGUAGUAGGAGGAGGUUAUGCUGGGCACCAGGAGAAUGGCAAUUUCCCCCGCUGUGGCUCUCAACAGCAGCAGAUUUCAAAUCGUUGCAAUCCUUAUAUGUUGCCCAGUUAUUGUUAUCGCCAACAGGCUCGCACCAAUAGUGGUGGCAGCAGUGGUGGCGGUACCCCACCCUCUGAUAAUGAAUAUCAAGUAUUCGGCCACAAGUUCUCACCACCCAGCAGUGGCGGCAGUGGUGGAGGAGGGGAUAAUUCCGAGAUACGCAACUGGCGCAAUGACUGCAUCUAUGCCUCGGUGCGUAAUCAACCAUCCAGCAACCCUCAGGGCUCCCCUCAAAGAGCCUAUCAGCGUAAAUGUUAUUCCGAAGAAUCGCAAAUGGUACCCAUGUACCGUGGCAAUUAUCAACAUCAACAGCAGCAGCAACAGCCGCCACCGCAACGCAUAGGCUCGGGCCGCAUUGCUUUUCGUAGUGAGAACUUUCCAGGUUUUGCGAUUGGUUCCUAUGAUUCGUCCUACAACAGUUCAUCUCCCAUUAAUAUUGGUUUAUCUCCAACAACUGAAAGUUUAUUGUUACAACGACGCAUGCAACGCAAUGGUGGUGGCGGAGGCAAUGGCUAUGAAAUGGCCCUGUCAUCGUCUCCACCUUAUUAUGCCCAACAUCAACAACAUAACCAAUAUCAUGCUCAGCAGCAUCAUCAUCUUCAUAACUUUAAUCAAAGAAAUGGCAAGAAUAUGAUGAUGAUGAAUAACAACUCCAAUGAUUACUAUCAUCAUCAUCAUCACCAUCAUAAUCAACAUCAUCGCCAUCAGCCGCAACAACAGGCUGCCGCAAGUGGCUAGCCUUUACAACUGCUUGAGCUUAAUGAUGAGGUUAUUGGCACAGAGAGCCAAAGACGACGACGACGUGGAUGAGAAGUAGCACGAGCAGCAGCAGCAGCUGUGAGAGGAGUAACACGAUGUUGGUAGCAGGAGUAGCACUUAGGAGUAUGUCUAUGUCUUCGAUAUGAAGUAAACGAAGAUCAUAAUGAUGUUUACUACUACGAAAAGAAAGUGAUUUUUUCUUCAAAACAAUUUCCUUUAACAACAACAAAAAAAACAACAACAAUUUCCGCCAUAUAUUUUUCUACUAUUUUUUUUACCACACACACACACACAUAUUAUAAUUUUGUUUGAAAAAUUCUUUAUUAUACAUAUUCUUAUAUAUAUACAUAUUUAUUUAAAAAUCUUGAUGAAAGAUAAUGAAGAUGAAGAGAAGAGAAGAAGGAGUUUAAGCUUUAACUACGACUACUUACAACAACAUGAAGAAAAAAAGCUAAAAGUCACACAACAACAACAACAACCUACAAUCAA